AUGGCCAGCAGCAGCAGCAGUCAGUCGCAAGGAGCCAGGUACUUCGGCGAGACCUCGCCACAAGAUCUGAAGGAGCUGGAACGCAAUGCUCUAGGGGCAAAACGGAGCCAUAUGGCAACGGCCGCGUCUUACCUUGAAGAAGCCUUCGAAGGCCAAUACUACGCUUGGUUCGGGGGGUGGGCUCUCAACCUUCGGGGAUCUCGUCGAGAAACCAGAGAUAUUGACCUUCUCGUGCUGGCGAAUGACGUCGGUAAAGUGAGGGCUACUCUGGCGUCGUACCCUUGGGCCAUCUUGUCGUUUUAUGAGAUCAUUGGUAGCAUUCAAGAAAGAAUGUUUGUGGACAUUGGAGAAAACGGUCAGGUUGUCGGCGUAGAUAUCGUUCUCUCAGGCCGACUUGACACCCCGGUUCUAGGAGACGAGGGCUCCUACGAACUGAUUCAACCUAGCUUCACCACGCCGCAAGGUAGUGAGGUGCCUGUUAUUCACCUGACAUGGCAAGUUGAGGGAAAAUUGGGUGCAUGGAUAUCCCGGAAGAAGAUGUCGGACUUCGACGAUCUGGUAUUUCUCUUCCAAAAAUAUGGCGAUGAGAUCAUUCAGUGGAGUGAGCAUCUAGAUAUGCAACGGCGGCUUGAUUUUUAUGGACUGUACGAGGUGGUAGUCGAAGACAAUAGGCUGCUCGAACGGAUGAAAAAGGUUCUCCGCCUCGACGAUUGA